AUGGAAGCCCAGGAGACUGGCCCUAGCGUUGAUGUGUUGACGGCGGAUUCCGAUAUUACGAUGGAUCCUCUGGACCCGACAAAGGGGUGGUUGUAUUGUAGGCGGUGUGCUUGCACGUUUUGGACGAAAUUUGGUCUUGAGCAUAUAAGAUCAUGGAAGCACUCUGUCGCUAGGCCACACCCGGGCUGGGCCGGUGCUGCUCCUGCUUCCCCUGCUCGCCUUCCACCCGAUCUUCCUCCCCUUCGAGUUCCACGUCCCCGUGUCUCCCUUGCUCUUUUUGCACCUCCUGAACCUCCCGGCCCUCCGGUGUGGACCUUCCAGUUUUAUCGACCUGGUCGCCGGCGAAAGUGGAGUCUGAAUCCCGAGGAGCAGCCCGGGAGGUCGGGGAGUAUAGGCCCUGUGAGGACGAGCCGAUCCAGGAGCCGGUAUGACCCUCGGCAAUCAAGCAAUAGGGCGCCUAUCCGACGGCGGGAGACUAGCACCCUCGCCCGGGAAAUCCUGGAGACUAUUGAGUUCCCUCCCUACGAAGAAGAGGGAGUGGAGAUUACUCCAGUCCCUAGAGAAAUUCCCCUGUAUGAGGAAACAGACGAAGAAGAAGAAGGGCCCCCCGUCAUAAAAGAGGAGCUUGAAGAUGAGCAAGAGAUGGUGCUGCUCCGAGAGUCGGACCAGGCUGAUUUCUCCCCUUCGAAUGUCUCGACACGAGACCUCACCCCUCUGGCUGAUGCUUGA